CUCAACGGAUGAUGCCACGUUACUUCUAGUGUUCGGUUAUUUUCUUCCGCUGUAUUUUAUUUGCACAAACCGGUGGUAUGCAUUGCCGCGGUUUUAGACGACUUCAUGGCAUCGGAUACAGCUAAUAUGCAACGGCCAGGGGUAAAAAUCCUCGGUGGAAGCAGCCCUGAAAGAAGUUUGGAAUGCUUGAUCCUUGCUGCUGCUUCAAUAACAGAUGACAAAAGCAUUAUUUUGACGGCUAUUUCUGGAACAAGGUAUAUAUCGGUGAUUAAAGAAAUUACUGAUUCAUCGGUAAUGUAGAAUGUAUUUACAGAAACUGUCAAUAAAACUACCGAACUUCAGUGAAAUUAUUUAGCUUCAACGACUUCGGUAAAUAGGUUUACCGACAGUUCUGUGAAUUAGUCUGGGCACCAAGCUUCGUGAAAAUUUUAACUGAAGUUUCGGUAAUUGAUACAAUCCAUUACCGCAUGAACCAUCAAAAGUCAAAACCGCCAUUUUUUUAAAUUAAAACUUAUUCUCGUGGCAAGAAAAUCGGUCCUGUUUUGUGCUCGAAAAAUAAACUGGUGAACAAUGGAGGACGUUAUGCAGCAGCUUCUGGACCAGGAUGACCGAAUCGUUGAGAUUUUCCGGACAGAAGAAAUUGACAAUAUGGAUACGUUCCUUUCCCUGAACGAAAAUGACUUCUUGAGACUUAAAAUGACGACGAAUAUGAUUAAAAUUAUUCAAAAAAUUCAAAAAGAACAAAACCCAGAAGAAUGGAUCGUCGAAGAGGUUGAAGUGUCGCCAACCAAAUCACGGAAUGACAACAUUGAUGACCCAGCCCAAAAAUUUGACCCUGAUAAUCCGUACAAAGGCAUAAGCUUGGACAAUGUAAUUGAUAUUGACAACAUCUUCGCACGAACCACUGAAGGCAUUACCAUAAUGGAAUUACUGAAGGAAGGAUCGCGCCCGAGGGAAUCGAUUUUCAAGAAAAUUAACGACAUCCUGUGCGAUUGCUUGAAAUCAGUGUACGGUUGUCGACCAAACCGUUUCUACAAAGAUCAGAUUGCCAUCUCUCUUGUGACGUCAUAUCCGAUACUUGCUGCUAAGGAUACAAAUGUUUCACAGGCAUUGUGGUUUCAUGCUCACGCUCGGGGACCGAAUCGUCAUGCUGGACGUAUCCACUAUCGCAUGGAAUAUUUGGCAAGAACCUCUGGGGAACGCGUCAUAAAACGGCGCCGUGUAGAAGAAACAUAUACUGAUCCACUUGCAAUCGAAGGCUCGAGUGAGUCUCAUUCUAAAAUUGAAGUUCCUUCUAACAUCGACGAAUUAAUACUUGAGUUGCAAUACAUCGUACCCAUUCCAACCAGUAAGAGCCGCGUAAUUGAGUUGUGGAAGACAACCUUUUCUAAGCGACAGGAAUUUCGGGAGUCCGGUGAAUUCCUACAUUAUUUGCAGCAUUUCCCCGUUACCGCAGCUUACAAUGGAGAAUUGAUCACAUCCGAUUUUUGCGUCUUGAACCCAACGGCGUCAUCCUUCGUCGAUGGGUGGAACAAGCUUGAAGGCAGCAUUUUGUCUGCUCAUCCGGCAUUGUUCAGAGAGAUAACUAAUGAUUUUGCACGUGCUCUUGCCAUUGUCAGGCACAAAAAUCCGUCGCGCGGCUCAAAACGAUUGAGAAACAAUGAGCCUGUGUUGGACAACCCGUUAACCGGUGUGGUGAAAUGGAUACAGCCUGACGAAGACUUCCCACGUGCUGCUGAAGUACUACCGAUUUUAGUAGUUCGAGGACUAUUUCCGGAUGUCUCGGAAGGGUGUGCUAUAUGCUGGGAAUCUGAGGUCAUUCCCGUAGGAGAGGACUUCAAAACAGCAUUCGGAAUCAUGUUUCAGUGCUUCUCCGUUUUCAAUCUGCAACCGAAUCCGUCAGAUAAAAACUUUUUUCUUUUCAUUGGUGGAAUCUGUAACACCAACACACUAACCACAACCGGGGCCAAAUUUUUGCAUGGAUUGCAAUGACCAUGUGAACGGAAUUGAACGACUUUAAUAAAAUAUGUCCGUAACAGAAAACUAUUAAGACUAAAUACACAAUAUUGUUUUUUUUUUAUUAAUUUCA